AUGGCAGCGAAUUUUGAUCCAGCUCAAUCCGACGAAGCCAACAUGGCUGCAGUUAUACAUGCUUCCCCGAGCCUUUGCCCCCGCUGUAAAUCCUUCCCGUGGCCCUCAAUGCCCGAAGACUGGGUCAAGUCCCACAAAAUACCAUUGCACGAAUCGUUCAGCUCUCUGCAAGAUUCGGCUGAUCAAGGUUGUGCAUUUUGUCGGUUUGUCUGGCUAUCCUUGGUCAACAAAUGUGACGUGACUGCAGAUAUCUCCGAGAAGCUGAUGAACGGUUUGAUACAAGGAUCAAUUCUCAUAAAACUUUUUAUAGGCAGCGGGAUCUUAGAAAUAACACCCAGGAUAGAGCAUGAGGGCAGAUUAAUCCUUUCCAGUGCAGGAACUGAUUAUAUACCUGCUGAGUCCAGCGACAAAGAGUUGCUCAGAGAUAUGAAGAGCCGCCAUAUCAAAGCCUUCGUUGGGGAAAGCAUCCAACAGGAGCUCGCUGAGCUCAUCAGGCACCAGAUUCAUCCUUGGAUGAAAAGCUGUCGUGAAAAGCAUUCAGGCCAUGAAUUCUGUGGUGCGAAAUACGCAUCGUCAGGUCUACCGACUCGACUACUUGACGUUGGUGAGACAAAUGACCUUUUGCUUAAACUUGUAGAAGUCAAGCGCUGCAAAAAUCUGCGAGACGUGGAAUACCUCAUCCUCAGCUAUUGCUGGGGCAAUGGAAACGAAAAGUCCAAAACGACAGAGGCCAAUCUAGCGACUCGGCUACGUGGCUUUGCCGUGUCGGAACUUUCCAAAACCAUCCAGGACGCCAUCUUGCUGACACGCCUGAUGGGUUUCCGAUACCUAUGGGUUGAUGCGAUAUGCAUUAUGCAGGGGCCACGUGGUGACUUUGGCUCAGAGGCGCCCAAGAUGGGGGGCUACUACUCCAAUGCUGCGUGCUGUAUCUCAGCAUCGAUUGCGAAAGAUAGCCGAGCAGGCUUUCUGACUGAACGACCGCUCGCACGAUUUCCCAUGGAUGAUAUUGCUAUUAAGAUUGCCAACCACGAUACAGGAUAUACCGUAUUUAAAGAUAUUCACGUCGACCGUUCCCUGGUAUCGAAUAUCCAUGGCUCCCCGUUGGCGAAACGCGGGUGGUGCUUGCAAGAGACAGCCCUCCCAAAGCGGAUACUUCACUGGACUCUACAAGGACUCUAUCUCCAGUGUCAGACUGCUAUCUUCUCAGAAGACUGCACAGUCCCUUUCGUAUAUCAAUCUGGCUAUGGACACUUCUCACCACGGGACAUAAUGACCAGGCCUGAUGAAGACAUUAUUCUUGCAGGUGGAUGGUAUCAUCUUCUUUCAGUUUUCUCAAAAACACAACUCACUUACGAAACGGAUCGGCUGUACGCUAUCCAUGGACUUGCAUCUAUGCUUAUACGCCGUCUAAGAACAGAGUACUUCAACGGUAUCUUCCGACCGAGUCUCGCCCAGGGUCUUUUAUGGUAUCAUGAUUCCAAUCAGUUUGAAGAAUGCAAGAGACCAAAAGACGCGCAGCUCCCAUCUUGGUGCUGGGCAUCUGCUUGUCCUGUUUCGUAUCUCGAAAUCCAGGAGGAACCCAUCUAUAUCAAGGACGACCACCCAGAGCGGCCUCUUCAAUUCCCUACACACUUCGAAGCCUUGAGUGUAGUAGAAAGCACCUCCUCAAGACUAUAUAUCAGAGCCCCCAUUUUCCACCUUACCAUUGGGAGACGCGAGAUUGGAUAUGUUUGGAAGAGCAACGCUGUAGGUUAUACAGCGUUCUUCCAAUGUCGAUACUUCCUGGACGCAAAUCGUCAGGUCUUGCAGAACCUGCCUCAAACUCCUGCCGAUGACGGAGAUUGGGGACAGGGCUUUGACGUAUUGUGGUUUCCCGUAGGCAGAGAUCAUACUCUUUAUCCAUAUGUUCCUGGGUUGUUAGUGUAUGAGGUACCCAAGGAGGGAAAGGGGGUAUACCGCCGUUUUGGACUUUUGCAGUGCCAUGACGAGUGGCUAGAUAAGAAGGACUUGGCGGAUGUCAGGGACAUAAUUUUAGUAUAA